AGUACCUGAUGACAUUUAUGAAAAAUUUUUAUUCGCAGGUUUUUAACUUCCAUUAGCAGAUCAUCAGAAAAAAUAUGACCUCGAACUUGUCGGAUGGAUCUCGCUCCACUCCCGACCCAUCGAAAGUUCUCUAUUUUUAAUUAGCAUAGAUAUCAUAGGGUAAUUAAUGAUUAAUGGAUAAAUUCCUGAAUUCUCACCUAGCUCUGCGAUAAUCGAGGCAACACCUCCGUAAAUAAAUGGACUCCAACCCAGCGGUUUUCCCUCUCCCAUCACAAUUAUUUUCCUCCAGGUCAACCUGAAUCAUUAAAAUAACAAUUAACUUAAUAAAAAAAACAUAAAUAGGAUAAGAAUUAUAUACUGAAGUAUUCUGCGUGAGUUUUAAGGUUAAUAUCUCAACACAUUUCCGAAAUUAUUACACUAAGGCACCUGAAUUUACCAGAAUAAUUAUUUUUCUACAAUAAAAUGACGAAUGGUGAGAUAAACAUACUUUUACUGUUGAGUGUCGAGAUAAAACAAAAUAACAGUAUUGUUUAUUGCUGGACAGUCGUCACUCGAACGCGGUUUUUCCUUUUUGAUUUCUCCCCCCAAUCCCCCACCCGCCCCUGGGACUCGCGUCGCGAUGAUAGAAACAGCUUUUAUCUUUUGUUGACACUCGUGAAGUGCGUAUGAUAUUUUACAAGUGAAUUUGUUGACUUCAUUCUUUUAGUCAACAAAUCCAAAUUUGUAUUCUUCAGAAGAGCCUGCCGUGCACAGGUUUUUGCGAGGCAAUCAUGACGGGGAGGGAAAUAGAGAAAAUGAAACUGUCGAAGAGCAUUUUGGAGAUGAAGUUCAUGAAGCGGACGAAGGAAAAGGUUGAACAGCAGUUAUUUCAAACUGAGGGUGAGGAGUAUUUUGAGAGCCAAUUGACGACGAGACUGAAAAAAGAAUCAGGGAAAUACCUCAUCGAGCCAAGUUUUUUGCACUGCGAAAAAUUGAUCGAAGGACGUUUGAGUUUCCAAGGAAUGAACCCAGAAAUUGAGAAACUCAUAGAAGCCGAGUUAAACGAAGAACGUGAGAAGCUGGAGAAACUUAAGGAGGAAGACGUAUCCGAGACACAAAUGGCGGAGCACUUCAAAUCGUAUAAUCCCUCGAAGAAGAAUAAGAAUAGAAAUAGGAAAAAACGAUUUUCUUCAGACGGAAAUAGAGGAGGACGGCAAUGCAAGAGGAUAAAGUUCAUGAAGCCUUCGGACUGAAGACUGAAAAUCCACAUGACACUGCUGUAAAUUUUUUGUACAUAUUUGCAAUAAACUUAGGGUUUAUUUGAAUAUAUAAGAUUCUGCGAGGCCAAGCCCACUAAUUAAAA